ACCCCUACCAGUCUCAGCCAGAGUUAGGAGCCACAGUUCACCCAAAACUGAACUCAGAGGGAAAGGUGGCAGCAUCUUGUCAGUCUUGUCUGGACACAGAAACUGGUUAGUUCUUGGAUGGGGGAUCUCCAGGAAAUCUUAUGGUUGGAGACUCUGCUGAGAAGCUGAAGGAGACCCUUCCAGAAGAAAACAAUAGCGGGAAACAACAAGGACGUGUCCAUGAAGACAGCAGAUGUUGAGCUGGGAUCGAGGGAAAGCUGAAGGAGAUAUUUCCAGGCCUUCUAGCUGGAAUGCAACGUGGACACAUUGCCACCCAUGUCCAGAUUGAAAAAUGGCCAUGUCCUCUGAGCAGAGAUGAAAAAAAUAAUCCCAAAACUCAGCUGCAGAAGGGGGAAAGCAGUCACCCAUAGCCAGGAGUGUUUCACGCCCUGGCCUUGAUUGCAAGUCCGUUUUCAAGCCAAUGUUCUACCUGGUGGCUGUUGAGGAUGAGAAGAGAAGCAGAAUUUUCUCACUGGAGAUGAUUUGCCUCCCAUUUUGACUCAGCUGGCCUGGAUGAAAAUAAACGGGCUGAUUGCUGCCUCUUGGCAUGGAGCACAAACCCGAAAUGUGCAAUGCCAGCUCCUAAUCCUCACGAGUGGUUUUGCACGCCACCCAGUGCUCACUGCAUUGGUGAAAGGCAUCACUGCGGCCAAGUGGGUUGUGCUCACCCAGAUUGCGGUCCCCACCCUGCCUUCACAGCACCAGCUGUCUGAACACCUUAUCUGUGGAGUCCUUGGGGCUCUCUGAGCCUGGUUGUUUUCUUGCAGAUGUUUCAUUGCCUGACCAGGCAACGUCUUCAGUGCGAGGAGGGAGGGGGCCUUGCUCUCAGUUUAUAGACCAUGGCUUGCCCUGCUUGUGUUGGUGGGGGUGUUGUUCUCUCCCUGGGAGUUCCUUGAUUGGGCUGUUGUUUGCUGCUUGGUUGAUUGCCUGAGUUGAUAGUUCCUUGAUUAGGGUGUAUUGUGCUGUUUGAUGGUUCAUCUGGUGUUAAUCCUGGUGUUGAUUUUUGCAUAUCUGGGUGUUGAUUGCUGGCAAGGGAGUGUCCUGGCCGUUUGGCUUUUCUAUUGUCUCUUCUGAAUGGUAUGUAGACGUUGUUUACCUCUAUGUGUCUGUUGAUGGCUGCUUUGUCUGAGUGCCAGGCUUCUUGUCUUAUCUUAUCUGAACAUCUUGUCUUCCUGGGUUGGGUACCACCUGUCUGAAGGCCUGGAAUGCAUUGGUUGCAGGCACCAUCAAUUCCCAAGCAUAUCCACAACUUCUCACAUGCCCGAGGUCCAUCUCCGGUCACACCCUGCAGCGGGGUCAUCUGCCCUUGGCUGCCCACAAAGAAGUGCAGAAGCGCUGUGGGUGAUGCGCGUGUUUUUUUUUCCAGAAGAUGUCAGGCUGGGACCCUUAAUAAAGCUGAAGAAGCCAACUGUUUUCCAGCACUGUUUUGACCUGACUUCCUCAUGGCCAAUAACGGGGAGAACCAUGAUGCUUCAAAGACUGAGAACGUCGUGACGCGGGUCACCAACCUGCCCUUGGUCAGCUCUGUGUACAGCAUCUGUUCCUCCUUGUACCACUAUGCCAAAGAGAACUAUCCCUGUGUCAACACCGCCUGCAACAUUGCGGAGAUGGUGGCUGCCGUGGCCAUGGGCAGUGCCCGCGGCGGGGCCCAGCCUCUUCUCACCCAUUUUGAACCGCAGAUUGCAACUGUGAACGAAUACGCUUGCAAGAGGCUGGAUAAGCUAGAGGAAAAACUGCCAAUCCUUCAUCAACCAACAUACCAGGUCUUUGAAGAUGGUGUCACCUUGACCAAAGCGGUGGUCAGUUCCACCGUCAAUGCAGCUAGCGGGGCCAAAGGCAUCAUGUCCCAGAGAGUAGCUGCAGCUGUUGACCUGACCAAGGACAUUGUCCAGGACAGCAUCACCUUGACCAAGUCGGUGGUGAAUUCCACGGUCAACACGGCUCUGAACGCCGCCAACGAAGCCAAGGAGCUUGUCACGCACCGGGUGGCCGACGUGGUCAACCUGAGCAAAGAGACUGUCCAAGACAGUGUUGACCUUACUAAAUCGGUGAUGUCUUCCACGGUGAACACCGCCCGUCAAGUGCAGAGUGCUGGGGCUCUCCAGGAAGGUGUUGAGAUGGCAAGUUUCUUCAGGCAGGCCUUAGCCAGCGGAGUGGAUGCCAUGUUGGACAAGACGGAGGAAACGGUGGAUUAUUACCUUCCCAUGUCAGAAGAAGAACUGGCCCAGCUGGCCACGGAGGUGCAGGGCUGCAGCUCGGCUUCGACGCAGGAGCAGCAGGAAGAGCAGGGUUACUUCCUCCGCCUGGGGUCCCUAUCCAGCAAAGUCCGUUCUCGCACCUACCUGCAUUCCCUGAAGAGGCUUCAUCUCAUCUGGGAAAACACGCAGAACACACUCUCCCAGCUCCAGCUGGUGAUUAACCUGGUGGAGCACCUGAAAGACAGUGCGGGGAGUCAGUUCCAGGAGGCACAACAAAAACUUAACCAGAUUUUGCUCAAAUGGACCCAGAUACAUCCAGAAGAAGGCCAGGAUGCCAGAGAAGACUCCCCGCAACAGGUGGAGUCGGCUACUUUGGUGAUGCUCAGAGCCAUCACCCACAACCUGGGCCCUGCUUACACCCGGCUCAUGGCCAGUGUUGAAGAGCUUCCCAGGAGCCUCCGCAAGAGGGUGGACCGAGCCCGGGGCAAUCUCCUCCAGCUGCACAGCGCCUUCUCUUCCGCCGGGUCCUUCCAGGAUUUGCCCUCCGGCCUUCUGGCCCAGAGCCAGGACAAAAUCUCCCAAGCCCGGGAGGUUCUCGACACGUUGGCAGAAUACCUGGUCCAAAUGGCGCCUUUGAACUGGAUCGUGGGGCCCUUCCGGCCCCAGGGGGCUGCCCAGGGGGGGACAGGAACCCCCCAAGAGGAGAGCGAGACAGGGGAGCCGAAGGAGACGGGCAAUGAUGCCACGGCAUCCCCGCCGGAGAGCGUGGCAGCAAAGCGGGUUAAAAGGAUGGAGAAGACGGCCAAAGCGGACCAAAAAGAGGCUGCGGAGGCAAUUGAGGCCUUGAAGGAGCUGUUGGCGGGGUCCGACGGGGCCCCCAAGGAGAAGAAAUAGGAGAAAGGGGAGGCCAAGGCCGUGCCAGGGGUCUGAACGAAGCCUCCGGGGUGCCUACAGGGUGGGGUCAAAAGUGUCCAGGUGGCAGCUACAAAUGACCUUUGAUUGUACCAUUGGGACUGCCAUCUUGACUUUUUUGACCCCACCCCGCAGACACCCCCGGAAGCCUCCAAAAGUCCUGGCAAGUUGCCAUAAAAGUUCACAGCCAUUCCUCCUGGGGGGGUGGCUGUCCCCAACCUCAGCCCCCCCCCAGUGAUGCUGGGGGCCUUCUCCCAAAAGAAGCCGAUGAGGAAAAGAUUAUUUCCUGCCGGGGAAAUCCAGUCUCUGCACAAUGAGAAACAGAUCCCAGGAGGCUAAAAGCUUGCGGAGAGGGAGAUCAGUUCCGAUCCUUCCUUCUCCCCACAGUGACCCAGAUCCCUGUGGAGGUGGCUUGGGAGGCCAUUUUCUUUCCAAGGGGCGUGGGGAUCGGUUCUGUUAAUUUCCAAAGGAGCUUUUCUUAGAUUCCUAUUUCAGUUCAGAACCACAACAAGAAUAGGGAUCAAAAAUCAGAGUUGGGGGAAGCGCUGGUGAGGAUCUGUGUCCCUAGGUGGGUUGGCUGGUGUUUAUUUAUGCCUAUAUGUCAGAGAGAAACAAUUGCCUUUCUUUUCCCAUUUCUCUUGAGCCCAGCGUCUUGUUAUAAUCCAGCUGAGCAGUAUGCAUUGCACCCAGUUUCAAGGAAGGAAUUGACGUCUCAGCAAGGAAUUAAACUUCCUCCUAUAGCCAAGCGUCUAGUCCUCAUUGAUGCAGAGAUCAGCUUGUAAAUAGGUGUAGGGCUGGGUGGUUGAGUCAAAAGCUUAAUGGCAAAGAUGGACUUGAAGAUGAUAUUUGAAGAUGAGAGGGAGAAGGGGUGGCAUUAUUUAACUCUGGGGGGGAAAUUCAGCAUGGGGUCAAGCUGAAUUUCCAUGAAGCUAAGCUUUGGGCAUUUUCCGUUGCUGCUCCUUUUAUGUCCUAUUCUGUAGGAAAAUAAAUUUUAAAAAACGCA